AUGUCAAUCCUACAGAAAACCCAUCUAGGCUGGAUUGUUUCUGGGCCAUUGCCUUUAAUUACAACUAACUCCCUCGUUUCGGUUAAUUCUUUAUCUACCAGUUGCAAUUUAAAUGUCUCCAACAAAAACAUUGAAAAUCAACUCGAAAGGUUCUGGGAACUGGAGAACUGUUCGAGCAAAAUCACAAGGUAUUCCCGCGAAGAGUCCGAAUGCAAAGAACACUUUUGCAAUACCUUUAUGCGUGACGAAACUGGACGCUUUGUUGUGAGUUUACCAUUUAAGCAAGAUGUAUCAAUUCUGGGAGACUCAAAGGAAACUGCCAUUAAACGCUUUUAUGGACUUGAAAAAAUGCUCAAUAAAAACUCCCUAUUGCGCGAGCAAUAUUCCUCUUUUAUGAAAGAAUAUAUCUCCUUGGGUCAUAUGUCUUUAAAAAAUGAAUCGAAUCCCAAUGAAAUUGUUUAUUUUCUUCCGCACCAUUGUGUCUUGAAAGAAACAAGCCAAACGACAAAGUGUCGUGUGGUAUUCGACGCUUCCGCAAAAACCACCCCUGAAGUGGUCUUUAAACGAUAUCCUAAAGGUUGGCCCUACGAUUCAGGAAGAUCUCCUGUCUAUAAUUUUACGUUUUCGAGUACACAACUAUGUAAUAACCAGCGACAUUGA